AAAGAGUAACACUUUGACUAACAUCAAAUUGGAAUUUGUAACUUGAUAUCAAUCAGAUUCAGAGUCAGAGUUAGCUUUAUAUUCUUCAUUUUCUUUUAUUUUUCAAAAUUAUCCAACAGAAAAAGAAACUCAACGACUUUUUAAUUUUGUAUAAGAAAUCAAUCAAUCACUUCAAGUUCGACUAGAAUCAACCUACGUCUUUUCGUAAUCUAGACGUCCACAUUCAUCCUUCUCUCCAAGAAACUCACAUCCGUUUAACAAGCCGAUCACGAUCUCGAUAUCUUGUUCUCCUCAAAAGCACUCUUGACAAGCGUUUCAUACGACUCCGGCGUCUUUUGUCGUUCGAGCUUCUGAGCUUUUCCCGUCACCUGCUUCUUUACUAACAAGCCUCGCUCAAGAUGGUUGCUGAAACCGAAUACUACGACCGACUGGGCGUUUCGCCUGAUGUAGACGAAACCUCCCUAAAGAAAGCCUACAGGAAGAAGGCCUUGCAAUUACACCCGGAUAAAAACCCUGCUGGUGCAGACGAAUUCAAGUCUGUUUCCGAAGCUUACGAAGUGCUAUCUAACCCCGAGAAAAGAGAACUUUACGAUCAGUAUGGAAAGAAGGGCCUUGAAGGUGGAGCUGGAAUGGGUGGUGUAGACCCGAGUGAUUUGUUUUCUCAACUAUUUGGAGGUGGAGGUGGUAUGUUUGGUGGCGGUCGAGGUCGACAAGGCCCAAGGAAGGGCAAAGAUUUGGUUCAUCGCAUCAAGGUGACUCUGGAAGAUUUAUACCUCGGCAAAACAACUAAGAUUGCGUUACAAAAGAAUGUCAUCUGUUCGAAAUGUGAUGGUCGCGGCGGUAAAGCAAAUGCAGUGAAGCCUUGUGCUGGCUGUAAAGGUCAAGGUGUCAAAAUCGCAUUCCGUCAACUCGGUCCUAUGGUACAACAAAUCCAGCAACCUUGUUUUGAAUGUCAGGGUAAGGGUGAGAUCAUCAAUGCCAAGGACCGAUGUAAAACUUGUGAAGGCAACAAGAUUGUCAAAGAGAGGAAAGUCUUGGAAGUCCAUGUCGAGAAGGGUAUGCAGGAUGGUCAGAGCAUCACAUUUGCUGCUGAGGCCGAUCAGGCUCCAAACACAACUCCGGGCGACGUUGUGAUUGUGAUCGAAGAAAAACCACACCCAGUCUUCAAGCGUAAAGGUGACGAUCUGAUCGCCGAGGUCGAAGUCGACUUGUUGACUGCGCUUGCUGGUGGAGUGAUUCCGAUAGAACAUCUUGAUUCUCGAGCAUUGAUGAUUCAAGUCAAGCCGGGUGAAGUGAUUAAGCCCAACUCCACCAAGCUCGUUCCUAGAAAUGGAAUGCCCUCACAGCGGUUUCAUUCACUUGGUGACCUUAUCUUGGUCAUCAAAGUCUUAUUUCCAGACGAACUCCCUGCAACUGCUUGCCCAGUUCUUGAAUCUGUUCUUCCUGCUCGUCGACCUCUUCCUACUUGGGAAUCUAGCAUUCACGUUGAAGAGGUUGUUAUGCAGGACGCUUCGGAAGCCAGGACUGGCAAGAGUCGCGCUAAUGGACAUGGGGAUGAUAUGGAAGAAGACGAUGAAGAGGGUGGAGGUGGUCAUGGGCCGCAAGUGCAAUGUGCUCAGCAAUGAGUGUGAAUUAGGUUGAUUUGGUUCUUUUUGGUUUUCCUGCCUUGUGUGUUUCUCUAAAAUGAUAUGUGUCGCUCAAUCCUGUGACCAAAUUAUAGAGUCCGAAGUUUGGGAUUUUUUUGCGACAAUUUUUUUUUGAUAUCAUACCUGCCUUGCCUGAGAUAAGAUUUGGGAUUAAUGUGAUUUAGAUUUGAUAGCCCAUACCGUCCUGUCAAUGUCACUAUGUUGUUUUUCAGUUGAUUUAGAUUUCUCGUUGAAUGAUUCUUUGCAGCUACAUAGUGGAAGUGAAUGCAUUGAGUGUGACCCUUUGAUUCU